CUAUCUGUGGUGUGUAGUUUUAUUAUGAAUAAUAUGAAUCUGUCAAUGUCAAAGUUUAUACUGAAAUAUUUUUGAUAUUUUAUCAAAAAAUAAAUAAUGAAGUUAUUAUAUACGAUUUCGAGAUAAAUACGCAUGAAUCUAAAUCGAUAUACAUACAAAUCCUUAUAAGAAUCGUUCAAACUAUAACAAAAUGACUGAUGAACGGAAUUUUCGUUCGUCCUAUUAUGAAAAGGUUGGAUGCCGGGGGGUGGAAGAAAAAAAAUCUUUAGAAAUACUAAUGAAAGAAAAACCAUGGGACAAAGUGAAGCUAAAACAGUUCUGUUUAAGGUUUACAGUGCCUGCAGCUUACAGGAAUCUGGUAUGGAAAGUUUUAUUAGACAUACUGCCUGUGUACCCAGACUCUCACCAGUUUGUAAUGGAACAGCGCACAGAACAGUACCAAGAUCUAUUGUAUGCAGUUGAAAAGUUUGAUUUUGUGUCUAUGAACGCUCCAAGGACCCAGGUGUUGUUGGAAAUGUGGUUACUAGAAAAUGAAGAGAGGAAGCCACCGCUGUUCCCAGAAACUAAUUUCUCUUCAGCUGACACAUUUAUACCUAUAGUGAACACACUGCUGGAGUUGUAUGACGAUGAAGUAGAUGUGUACUGGCUGGCUAAAAGCCUCACAGAUGUAGUACGGAACAUGCAGAGGGAGCUGCCAAAACUAAAAGAAGCAUUUAUCACCAUGCUUGAAAAGGAAGAUGGAGAUGUGUUUAAUCACUUGGUGGACAUCAGUGCUUUGGAGGUGUUGCCACUAACAAAAUGGUUCAAUUGUUGCUUUGCCGGUGUUUUGGAUGACACAUCCCUUACCAAAAUUUGGGACAAGGUAUGCAGUGGUGCUCCAAAGAUCCUCUCAUUUGCUGCUGUUAUGCUUGUUAUUACAUUACGCAGAAACAUACUAAGAUCAAAACAUUCUGAUGAAGUGCUGAAAUGUGUCUCACAGAUUCCAGAACAAUGUGAGGAAGUAGUGGCCAAUAAAGCUAUUGAACUGUGGCAGUACUACGGUGCACAGCCACAAAAUGAUACUCUGGCCAAGAAAUGAUGUAUGACCUUCUAAUGGGGUGACCUCAUUAGAAGGAAAACGGAAUAUUCUAACAGUGGAAUAAGUUUUGGCAGCUUAGCUUGAAUAAUGUUACCUGUAUGCAAAGGCUGUUAUUGAAUUUAUAUGAUAGCAACACUUUUUAUUGCACAAAUAUAAGAUGUUCAGAACUUUAAUGACAAUGUUAUAUUUAAGUGUAGUGGUAGCCUUAUAAGAUAUUACAUGCACUUCUAGUGUAGGCUUGUAUAUAAGCAUGUACAUAAUAAAGCUACAUUCUCAAUCUAGGCCUUUUCAUACAGGGGUUUGUGUAAUGUGAAGCUAUGCAG